GAGGUCAAGGAAACUGUAACUUUUUUUGCUCCACUCACCUGACUUCUGUCAGCAUGCAAACGCUGCAUAGAUGAUUCACCCUGUAAAGAGACAUCACUGGGAAGGAACAGGGUCUAAUGAUGUAGCAUCAACAGGGGACUUACAUGUGGGCAAUGAUUCAAGACAGUCCCAUCACAGUCAGUAUGGAAGUGCAGACAACCUCUCUGGUCUCGAUAUACGUUAACGCCACAGUGAACACUUCAUAUGAGUACAACGCGACAGAUUUGACCGAAGACUCAAACCGAUCUUACACCAUCGGCCUCUUCCUGUCCUGCCUGUACACCAUCCUCCUCUUUCCUAUUGGAUUUAUCGGCAACAUCUUAAUCCUGGUGGUGAACCUGAACCACAGAGAGAAGAUGACCAUCCCCGACCUUUACUUUGUCAACCUGGCUGCAGCCGACCUCAUCCUGGUGGCUGACUCCCUCAUCGAGGUCUUCAAUCUGAACGAGAAAUACUACGACUACGCCGUCCUCUGCACCUUCAUGUCGCUGUUCCUGCAGGUCAACAUGUACAGCAGCAUCUUCUUCCUCACAUGGAUGAGCGUUGACCGAUACAUUGCCAUAGCUAGCUCCAUAAGCAGCAGCCCUCUGAGAACUAUGCAGCACGCCAAGCUCAGCUGCGGCCUCAUCUGGAUGGCGUCCAUCUUGGCCACGCUGCUGCCCUUCACCAUCGUGCAGACGCAGCACAGGGGCGAGGUGCACUUCUGCUUCGCCAACGUCUUGGAGAUCCAGUGGCUGGAGGUCACCAUCGGCUUUUUGGUGCCCUUCACCAUCAUUGGUCUCUGCUACUCUCUGAUCGGGCGAAUCCUCAUGAGGGCGCAGAAGCACCGAGGACUGUGGCCCAGGCGGCAGAAGGCCCUGCGCAUGAUCGUGGUGGUGGUUCUGGUGUUCUUCAUCUGCUGGCUGCCGGAGAACGUCUUCAUCAGCAUCCAGCUCCUGCAGGGCACGGCGGACCCCGCCCAGAAGACAGCUACCACCCUGUGGCACGACUACCCGCUCACAGGACACAUUGUUAACCUGGCAGCUUUCUCCAACAGCUGCCUCAACCCCAUUAUCUACAGCUUUCUAGGAGAGACGUUCAGGGACAAGCUGCGGCUCUUCGUUAAGCAGAAGGCCAGCUGGUCAGUGGUGAACCGCUUCUGCCACCACACCCUCGAUCUACACCUCCCUGUCAGGACCGUGGUGUCAGAGGUGUGACUGAUAGGAAGAGGGACAAGAAACUCACAAGGUGUGCUAAAAACUCAAACAUUUCACCCAGUGUGAAAAAUAACCUCAGCUUUCUUCAUCUGGUCUGCCUCUCAGUUAACCUGCUCACUUUCUGAACAAAAACACAAAAGCACCAAAAAUAUACACUCAAGUAAGAAUGGGAAUGACUCAUGUAGAUUACAGUACAAUGCACAUAAGGUACUUGAAGCUAUGUUCAUGUUUUCAUACAUGUUUAAUUAUGUACUUAUUGUUUUCGGUGUGUGUUUUUUUCUUCAAAAAGUGUGUUUGAUGGAAAGGAGCAAAAUGUCAGCUUCUGUCCUUUUAAGGCGAUGGAUAGAUGAGUGUCAGAGGACAACAGCUUUUGUGUAAGACAGACAAUAAUAAGUGAUCUGUCAUGCAAAAUAACAUGUUCUGGCUCUGUGUGGGAUUACCUGCAGCAAUAGCAAAGGCUGCAGCUCGGCAUGCACAGAGGAGAUAAUGCAUCACAUCAAAUCUAAUCAGGCAAGGCAGGGGUCACUUCAGUUAAACCCCACAUGGAAACACCUGUAUAAUGAUGUAUAACCUAGGGCUGCAACCAUUAGUCGACUUAUUUUCAGAAAAAAUAAUCACCAACGUCUUUGAUAAUUGGUUAAUGGUUAAAGUUGGUUUGCAUGCAAAAAUGGCAAAAAAUGAUGUUUUUAGCCUCUCAAAUGUGUUUCAUUUUAUAUAAAAAGGCAAUAUAUUUAGAUUUUGGACUGACCAAACAAAAUAUUGACAUACAUCACCUUGAAAUUAGAGGGAUAGGGAUGGACAUGUUUCCAAAUAAUCAGCAGAUUAAUUGAAAAUGACAAUAAUAUCUAAUGUAAUACACACCAUGAACACCAUCAUUGACAAAAUAGCAUUACAGGUAGAAAAAACCCAAAGAGGCAACAAGUAGCAGUGACUUUCUUUUCACUGUAAAUAUAACUGUACCCCUGUCUGUUUUUCUUCUGUUGAGCGGAAAUGUCCUUUUGUAAAGCUAAAC